CGGCCCUACUAUCGUCUUUACGGUGGGAUCGAUGUGGCCCCGCCCCCGCCGUGUAUUCCUGAGCAGCUCCCAGCUUUUCCAUCAUCACCCGCAGAAAAACUGGGAGCUGUGAGCGGUGAGAAAAUGUCAACCUGGGUGUGUGUCCUUCCGCAGCAGACAUGAGAGGAGCCUCGGCCGCCUUCCUCCCGUCUCCAGCGACUCGCUCCCACCAUGCGGAUCCACGGCAGAGUAGUCGCGAUCGCCGCGUGCUUCGGAGUUUUUCUACUUUUGUACUUUUGGGGGGGCAACGCCGCCGACGAUCCGCUGCUGAAGGAAGUUGGAGAGGACUCGGGGGAGGACGGAGAGGAGGACGGCGAAUCCUCCCCAUCGCCGUCCGAGUUUGGAGGCAACGAGGCUGAAAAGUUUGCGGAGAAAGAGAGGUGGGGGAGCGUGCACGCGCACAGCAAAGCGGACUCUAAUGUGGCUCAAGCCUUGACCAAGCGCACCAGGGAUGAGGACUUGAUGCACUUGGCCGUAGUGGCAUGUGGGAACCGUCUGGAUGAAACCCUCACUAUGAUCAAAUCGGCCCUGCUGUUCAGCCAAAAGAAGAUCAAGUUUCACAUUUUCUCUGAGGAUUCCUUGGCUCCACAGUUUGAGGAAAGGCUGAGCCUCUGGCCCCACUCUGUCAGAGUGAGGUUCCAGUUCAGCGUCUACCCCAUCUCCUUCUCGGUGGGAAACGCAGAAGAGUGGAAGAAGCUCUUCAAGCCCUGUGCAGCUCAGAGACUUUUCCUUCCUGUCAUACUGAAAGACGUGGACUCAUUACUCUACGUGGACACGGAUGUGCUGUUUUUGCGACCCAUGGAUGAUAUUUGGGGUUUCCUGAAGUCCUUUAACGAGACCCAACUGGCAGCCAUGGCGCCAGAGCACGAGGUGCCCAAGAUCGGAUGGUACAGCCGCUUUGCCCGCCACCCUUUCUACGGGGUCACAGGGGUCAACUCUGGCGUCAUGCUGAUGAACCUCACAAAGAUCCGCAGCACGCUCUUCAAAAACAGCAUGAUAUCCAGCGGCUUGUCGUGGGGGGAUCUUCUGCAUCCACUCUAUCAGAAGUACAAGAGCCAUAUCACAUGGGGAGACCAGGACCUUCUCAACAUCAUCUUCCAUGACAACCCAGAGUGUCUGUUCAUCUUUCCCUGUCAGUGGAACUACAGACCCGACCACUGCAUGUACGGGAGCAACUGUAAAGCCGCUGAAGAGGAGGGCGUGUCCAUCCUGCACGGCAACCGUGGAGUGUAUCACGACGACAAGCAGCCAGCCUUCAAAGUCAUCUACGACGCCAUCCAUGAUUUCCCUUUCGAGGACAACAUGUUCCAAUCGCUGUUCUACCCGGUCCAGAGCAGGUUCCUGGACACGGUCAACACUCUGUGCGGUCGCAUUCCCCAGGUCUUCCUCAAGCAGAUAGAGAAGACCAUGAGGAGUGCUUUUGAGAGGAAGGUGGUGCGCCAUGCCAGACCUCGAAAUUAACAGCCGAAGACCAUGUUGCCCCACCCACACCCCCAUGCUGUGCAUUUAAAGCAGACGCAACCUGUGAAGGAUCAUGAACUCUACAGAAAUAAAAAAGUAAAUAAAAAGAAACCAAACAAAGAAGUCACUUUUUUAUUUAUGUUGAGAAAAAUGCUCAUCUCAAGCAUUUCUAAGCGACUAAAAUGAACAUUUUAAAGGUUCAAUUGUAUGAGAGCAACUCUUGGACAGUUUAAAGAAUGGUGAAUAUUUUAGCGUCACCAUGAAAUGUGAACGAACCACCACUGUCUGUAUUAAAUGUUUGUAUGUUAAAUGUUUGAAAAGCACUUUUUAAAAAAGAUUUUUUUCUUUUAGACCGUGAGACUUUGCCUGACCGAGUUGGACAGAUUGUGCAAGAAUGUUUUAUUGGAGUGAAGUUUAAACGCCAUAUUAAUGUUCAUGUGUGCCAUGUUUACCAUACAAAAUAAAUGGAUUUGUGUAGGUGUGUGUGAGCCUGUAAUAUGAAUCUGUGCUGUUGUGACCCACGUGUUACAUGGAAAAGUUUGUGGAGUCUACAUAUGUUUUCAGAAUUAAAAUUUUUGCAAAAAACUAA